AUGUCCCCGUCCACGUUUGACCAGCAGCACUCGAGCAGAGACUUUGCUCUUCAGUUGGUCUUUUGCUCCAUUCAAGGCAGUCUAGCAGCAGUUAUGGGUAGUCCGUUGAGCAAGGGUCUCGUGCCACAGCCUCAAGUACCGAGCAACUGGAAUGCUACGCACAUUCCUUCGCAGAAGGAUAAAGUCGCUAUUGUCACGGGCGCCAAUUCCGGCAUUGGGUACUGCACGGCCUUGGAGCUGGCACGCAAAGGCGCUCAUGUGGUGUUGGCCUGUCGUAAUCGCGAGCGCGGUCUCAAAGCCGAAACAGACUUGCGAGCUCUUCUUGAGUCUGCUAGUGAGAGCGGAACGGUCGAGUUGAUGCUGGUGGACAUGGCGGACUUGAGCAGCGUGCACAAGUUUUGCGAGGAGUUCAAGAAGACUCACAACCGCUUGGAUGUACUGGUGAACAAUGCCGGAAUUGUCGGUGGAGCUUACACGAAGACGGCGGAUGGCUACGAGCUGCAGUUUGCAACGAACUACUUGGGCCACUUUGCCAUGACAGCACAACUGUUUGAGCUGCUGAAGAAGAGUGAAGCUGCUCGGAUUGUGUCGGUGAGCAGUUUUCUCCAUCGCCAUGCAUCGCUUUUUUUCGACGAGGAAAAGAUCAUGAUCACGAAGCUGGAGGAGUAUGGUCAAGUUGCCGCGUACGCGGUGUCGAAGCUGUGCAACCUCUUGUUCACGCUGGAGCUCGACCGUCGCUUGAAAGCUGCAAAGAUUGCCAAUGUGGUGGCCAAUGCCGCUCAUCCAGGAUAUUGUGACACGAACAUCAUGAAGAAAGCGGCGCAAACGAAUAGCGAUAGUUGGUUGUGGUGGCUCAUGUUUCGGACGGUGGCUAUGGUGACGCCUCAAAGCCCGGAGAAAGGAGCGCUGUCGACGUUGUAUGCAGCGACGAGUGAGUCUGCUAUGGGUGGUGGGUAUUACGGUCCAAAGUAUCUGGAGCUGUAUGGUUCGCCAGCACGCGUGGACUCGUCGUCGCUGAGCAAGUCGGAGGACGCAGCGGCCAAGCUGUGGUCCUACAGCGAGAAGCUCGCGCACCUGCAAUUUGACGUGGCCAAGUAG